UGCCGCCCGGGCGCCGCCCGCAGCCGCGCCGCUGGUGAGGUGGGGGGAUGUCCGCGGGGCGCGGCGCGGCACGGCGCGGCUGAGGCCGCCUCUCACUGCCGCAGGUACCGCCUGUCGCCGCGCGGGGACCGGCCCCGCGGCCGCGUGGGACACGGCUGCCUGUUCCUGCCACCCGGCCCCGGCCCUGGCCCCGGCCGCGUCCUCCUCCUGGGCGGCGCCGACCCCGCCGGCGCCUUCGCGGACGCGCACUUCGUGGAGCUGGGCGCGCUCCGCUGGGCCCCGGCGGGCUGGACCGGGCUGCGGCCGCGCUACGAGCACGCGACCUUCCUGGCCGCCGCCGCUCCCCCGCGCCUCUGGGUGUUCGGCGGCGCCGACCCGGCAGGGAACCGGAGCUGCGUGCAGGUGCUGGACCCGGAAACAGGGAGCUGGGAGAGUCCCGUGGUGAGCGGGGAGCCGCCGCUGCCCAGGACGUUCCACACCUCCACCGCGGCCAUCGGAGCCCGUCUGUACGUGUUUGGAGGGGGAGAGAAAGGAGCAGAGCCCGUGAGGGACCAGCGGCUUCACGUGUUUGACACAGGCACCUUGAGCUGGUCCCAGCCAGCCACUCGUGGUGAUCCCCCCUCUCCCCGGCAUGGGCAUGUCGUGGCUGCAGUUGGCACCAAGCUCUUUGUCCAUGGAGGUUUAGCUGGUGACACGUUUUACAGUGACCUGUUCUGCCUGGACACCAAUGACAUGAGGUGGGUGAAGGUGUCAGCCACCGGUGAUGUGCCAGGAGCUCGGGCAUCCCACUCCUCAGCUGUCUUCAGGGACCACGUGUACAUCUUUGGGGGAAUAGGCCUGGAGGGGACACUAGACACUACGUACAAGUAUCACACAGAGCAGCAGCAGUGGACACUCCUGCAGUUUGAUUGCCCACUGCCCGCUGGGAGACUGGACCAGGCCAUGUGUGUCAUCCCCUGGCACGUGGGUGAGAGCCAGGAGGCAGCAGCUGCCCCCAGCAUGAGUGAAGCCAGGGCAGGGGGGGACCAAGCUGCUCCCCUCCAGAACAGCCCCGAGCAGGGCUCUGACGCUGCUGUUGUGCACCUGCUGCUGGUGUUUGGGGGGAUGAACAUGCAGGGGGAGAUGUACGCGGACUGCCUGGUCACUCUGCUUGAGUAGCCUUUGCUGAUGGUUUUGUAAUCCUGUCAGAUUAAAGUCAUUCCUUCCAAUAAACUCAGUUCUUGCCCUCCCCGGGGUGUCAGGA